AUGCAGUUUUUAUGGAUAUUUGUGCUUAUUUUUACAGGAUUAAGCCAUGUACAAUCACUUUAUGAUUCUAGUGACCGAGUCAAAGUGGUAAAACGGGUAGAACUUGAGAAUAUUUUAAAAGUAUCGAAACAUAUUUCAGUAGUAGAAUUUUUUGCGCCAUGGUGCGGAUAUUGUAAGCAAUUUGCGCCGAUUUACAAAAUGUUUGCGGGAAAAGUAUCGGAUUUUAUCAAUGUGAUUGCAGUAGACUGUGAUGAUCAAGAGAAUGGGCCUUUGUGCCAGACAUAUAAUGUGAAAGGUUUUCCUACGGUAAAAAUAAUAAUUCCUGGAAAAAAUGGGUUAAGAAUCGAGGAUUAUCAGGGAUCAAGGACAUAUAGUGAUUUAAUGAAUAAGGUAUCUUCAGAAAUAACAGACUAUACAGCAAAAAUUUCUACAGGCGUUGAUUUAUUUUUAAAUAAACGUAAUGGGAAAGCGAAGUUAUUAUUAUUUACAUCUAAAAAAACACCAAAUGCUUUUUUUAAAGUACUUUCAAUGGAAUUUCAAGACUAUGUGUCAUUUGGAUUGAUCCAUGAAAGUUACAAGGAAGCUGUCCAAAUAUUUAAUAUUUCAAAAUUUCCAUCUAUUGUCCUUGUUUUUGAAGAAGGCAAAGAUUCAAUAUUUUAUUCAGGUGAAACAACGUACAGAAAUAUAUUCAACUUUCUCGAAAAGUAUGUUAAAGUUGAAAAGAAAGAAGAAACUGCACCUGAGACUAAGAAAGAUUUUACUCUAAUAGAAUUACAGUCAGUGAAUGAAUUCCUUGAAAAAUGUAUAACAGGGCAUGGAUUUAGUAUCAUUGGAAUAUCGUCAUCACCUUCAAAUUUUGAUUUUUUAAAAAAAAUUGCUAAAAAACAUAAUAAAUUUAAAUAUUUUUUUAUUGAUUCAAGCAAAAAGCAUGUUAAUACUAUAUCGGAAAUAUUAGAACUGCAAUUUGAGGAAUUAAAAGUCAUACUAGUUAAUGGAAAAAAGAGAUGGUAUGUUGAGCUCGUUGAAAAUUCAGAAGAGAAGCUUUUAGAAUUAAUAUCUAGAAUAACAUUAGGGGAUAAAAUUGAAAAGAAAAAAUUAAAUGAAAAAGUUAUACAAUCGGCUUCAGAGUCUAAAAAAGAAGAAUUGUAA